AUGGCCGCCAGCACCGAGUUCCCCUGCUCUCUCACACUGGACGUCCCCUUCCCGACGCCUCGCCUGGCCUCAGUCGCCCUGCGCGCUCUGUCGCCGGACAAGGAGCUGUCCCCCUUGGUCCAUCGGUCGUUCUCUACCACCACGUCGGCUGCCGGCUCGGCGGAAGAGAACGUCCUGCGCAUUGAGUACAGCGCCGCGACGAACCGCAUGCUCCGUGUAGCCGUCAACUCCUUCAUGGAGAGCCUGGGCUUGAUCGUCGACGUUAUGGAGUCUCUCGACGUCGACGUGCUCGAGGCCAAACAGCUGGCUCCAGCAUCUUGA